ACUAUAAAGCAUUGUUGUGAACUUCAGGUAACAUCGAAGUUCAGAACAAGAACAUACACUCAUUUCCUUUUAGAUCAAGAUAAAAUUGACAUUCAUCAGGUUAUUUGGGGACAUUUUCUUCAGUCAUUUUGCUGAAUAGCUCUCUUAUCCUAUACGGUCAUUGUUUUAAAUGAACCGCACAGUCACGUGAAGUAUUGUAAUCACUUUAGUUAGUAUACUUGUCUAUGCAGUACUCCUUUUUGGCUUGAAGCUACCUGUUAAAGUCAAUUUAAUGGGAACAUAAACAUUGGUGUAGUUUUCUGACAUCCCAUUUUAGGAUUUUUGUAAAACUAACUUUUAAAUUAAAUACAGUUUUGUCAUAAGUAAUUAUUUGUUUGAAAAGGCAGGACAAGGAAGGCUUAAUACGUAUAGCACUGAAUUAAUUGAAAUUGCAGCAUCCCCCUGGGAGGCAUAAGUAGAUGGUCAAUGUUUUGGUUGUAGCUCUUUUAUUCCUUGCUUUCAAUGUCAUUUCUCCCUGAGCUGGUGUCUUGGGGAGGCUGUCUUAACAGCAACAGUGUCACUGUGUUGUAGAUGAGAGAGAGAAAUAAACAACCUCUCGAUGGAAAUAUGACCUAGUGAGGCUUCAAGUUCAAAAUGUGGACAAACCUUUGUACCGCGGGACAUAUCACUGCUUCCAGUCAAUCAUACGCCAGGAGUCGUACUCUCUCUGUGUCUGUAGAUGCUCGGUCUGUACAAAGGCAUCGGCUCUCCAAUGAUGGGCCUGACCUUCAUCAAUGCCAUAGUUUUUGGUGUCCAGGGCAAUGCCAUGCGCAAGCUUGGCCAAGACACACCUCUCAACCAGUUCCUGGCUGGAGCCUCUGCAGGAACCAUCCAGUGUGUCAUCUGCUGCCCAAUGGAGCUGGCGAAGACACGCAUGCAGAUGCAAGGGACCGGAGAGAAGAAGUCCAAGAGGAAGCUGUAUAAGAACUCCCUGGACUGUCUGGUGAGAAUCUACAACAAGGAGGGGAUUCGGGGUAUCAAUCGCGGCAUGGUGACCACCCUGCUGCGAGAGACGCCUGGGUUCGGUGUGUACUUUCUCGCUUAUGACAUGUGGACACGUUACCUCGGCUGUGAGCCGGAGACUCCUUACAUGAUCCCCAAGCUGUUGUUUGCUGGUGGAAUGUCGGGCAUCGCUUCCUGGAUCUCCACCUAUCCCGUGGAUGUGAUCAAGUCGCGCCUUCAGGCGGACGGGGUGGGCGGCGUCCACCAGUACAGCGGCAUCAUGGACUGUGUCAGACAGAGCCUGAAGAAAGAGGGGUGGAGGGUGUUCACGCGUGGGCUCACGUCCACUCUGCUCCGUGCAUUUCCAGUGAAUGCUACCACAUUUGCCACUGUGACUAUGUUUUUGUUGUACAUGCGUGAGGGAGAAGAGUGUAGCAUUCAGGACUCGGAGCCGCAGUCAGUCCAGCUGCAGCCUCUGCAGCCACAGACGGAGCCAACCAGCAUGUGAGCCACUGUGCUGCAGAGAGCAUCACUACAGCCAUCAGCAAAUCUAUAAGGCAUUUAUCUAGAUGGAAGUUGCAGCUUAAUCCAGGUCUAUGAUCUGUUAACUGGUGUCAAUUAUGAGAACGGUGAACUGAUCUGAGGUAAGCCCAUGGAGCUUCAACCAAGUGACCCUGUGUAUUAUUUAAAUAAUAUAUAUUUUAAGAUAAAGGCUGCACUUGUAAAUAUUGGUAUGGUUAAUAGUCCUUGGUUUUUGUACACAUUUUAUGAGUUUUAAGUAAUUUAGGAAACGGUUACAAUAGUCAUUGUGCAUUGACUGUUACAGAUGUCCUUAAAAUUAUGGAGUGAAAGUAACACUUUGUCUUUAAUGCUGUGUUCAGGUCAUAAGAGUGUAUUAACAACGGUUCUCCACUAUCAGACAUGCCUAAACUUGUAAGGUAUUCAUUGAUAGUUACUGAUUACCAACAAUAGUCUACAAAGUUUAGCAGGUUUGUGAACAUGAAAGCAUUUUUUACUGUUACAUUUUGCAUACCUCAAUCAGUAAAACGAAUGUGACUUAAAGGUUCAAUUCAAUAAUUUUAAGCAGUUAACCAAUAAAUGAUGAUGUCUCCAUGGUGUCAUGGAUGAGUCAACCCCUCACUAUUUACCUCCAUAUAGUGUGAACACCGCAUUUCAGCUUCUUUUCAUAAUGGCUAGAAAGAAAAAGUAAUGCUUAGAUAUUAAUGAUGAGGUUAUAAUUUUGUAUUAAGUUUAACUUUCCUUUGAAAAUUCAUAAGAAUUUGAGUCAAGGUCUGGAUGUUGUUAAAGUUUUAAUUGGUGGAAAUAUUAUAGGCUCAGUUUUGGCCCACUGCAGUAUGACAAAUAUGGUUCAGAUACAUCAUGUGUUAUAAUACAAUUUUAAAUAUGUAAUUAUAUGACUGUAAUUAUAUCAUUGUCCUAAGCCAUUAUGCCGUUUUCGAUCUUUUUGUUGUGGACAUGGUAGUGUCCAACGAAAGCACCUUAUGGUAUGCUGAGCACAUGUACGGUUAGAAACAGUUUUUGGCCAUCCGAUUUUUCACUUUGCAAUAGAUUUUUUUUUUUUUUUUUUUUUUUCAACUAGUGCAAGAUUCUGUUACAGUGACGAGCAAAGAUGGCUGAUUGCUGGUUAAAGUGGGUUUUUGAAAAUUGAAAAUGUAUUUUAAAUCUUGUGCCUCUUGUUUGCACACGUGAGGCACCACGUCCUCCUGGAGGUGGAGGUGUGGCAUUGUCAGAACAGUUCUGUUCACACUAGCCUGCACCACUUAGAGGAAGUAAUGGGUCCGGCAAUUUUUACGCUUUCAGCUGCAGAUUUAGCAUUUUGUAGCUGCUGUUUGCAAGUACUUUUUUUUUUUAUUACUUCUGUCAUCAACAUUUAUUCGCCUGUGCCAACAUUGUAACAUUUCAGAUAUUUGACCAUCAGACCACAAAGAAAGAGUCUCUUGUUGUCAAAAGCUUGCUAUUCUGCCAAAGACAUUUUUGUAACAUUCGCAUUUGAAGUUCAAAUGUUCAUCACCAAAGUGAGAACCAACCUAUUUUGCUAAUCAUUCUGUUGUCUCUACUUCCAGACCCUUAAUGCUUGUCAGUAAUCUUUGGGCAAACCAGAUUUAGUUGGGACACCUCUGCUUCCCUCUCACCAUUAACCAGGGUACUCAUUAUAGGAGGCGAGGACACACACUGUGACCUAGAGCAGGUUGACCUCCGUUCUUUACUCAGUUAACAGCUGUCCGAGUUCACACACGCUUUACAUUUUCCAGCUUUGGAAUGUAAACUAAAACAAUAAAAGUGCAGACUGUGGUCAUGCACAACCAAAUGCAUUCGUAAACCUACUUGCAGGUGACAGAAGUAUCAAAAUUGCUGGAGCUAUUACUUUCCUUCCACUCAUUUUCAUGUCUGCAGUCCUUCACUGCUGCUGUUAUUAUUUAUCUUAUUAAAGAGUGAGAGAUGUUUGACUGGUCUGAAACAGCUUUGGGAUUGUCCAAUGACAUAAUGUUGUACAUACUGUGAAUUUGGUGGUUUCUGAUUUCAUAUCCUUUAUACGUUUAAAGGUGUGGAAUCACAAUGGGCUUUAGAUUUUCUUUAAUCACUAUUUUUUUGUUUCAAGAUUUUAGCUCUCUAUUUUGUCUAGAAUUGUCUGACUGUACUGGUGGAUUAUGCAUGAUUGUUACAUCUUUGUAAAAGGGCUGAUUUAACUGUUGUUGCCUUAAUGUUCUGUGCUUGUUUGUAUACAAUAUCUUGCACCAAAGCAGCAUGAACGCUAUGUAGUACUUUGAGAGAAUGGUGAAAUAAAA